AUGUCCCACAACACCAUCCAGCCUGCCCCAGGGCUCAACAAACGAUCGCAGGUGCUUACCGGGGCUAACGUUAUAUCAAAGAAAUCCGAAAUCAUCAAUUUGUCAUCGUUGUCGUUUUUGUUUUGUGAAAUCGUCGACUGGGAGAGGAAACAGUCCAAGAAUAUACCAGAUCUAGAAAACCGAUUGAAUGGACUAGGGUAUCAAAUAGGCCAGCGGUUUCUUGAACUUGUCAAAAUAAAAGAAGGCUUCAAAUUGAAUAAACGAGAAAUCAAAAUCAUUGGCAUUUUACAAUUUAUUCAUGGACCCUUUUGGAGAAGCGUAUUUGGGAAGCCAGCAAAUGAAUUGGAAAAGUCACAGGAUAUACCUAAUGAGUAUAUGAUUAUAGAGAAUGUGCCAAUGUUGAACCGGUUCAUAAGUGUACCGAGUGAUUAUGGAGAUUUAAAUUGUUCGGCAUUUGUGGCUGGCAUUAUUGAAGGGGCAUUGGAUAGCAGCGGGUUUAGUGCUAAUGUGACUGCGCAUAAUGCUGGAUCGGAGCAGAAUCCACUAAGGACUAACACCCCUCCAACAAUGGGUAUAACCAUACGUCAAGCUACUAUUGAGGAUGUGCAGGCAAUGCAGAAUGCCAACUUACACAAUCUUCCUGAAAAUUAUCAGCUAAAAUACUACAUGUAUCACAUUCUCAGUUGGCCACAAGCUUCGUUUGUUGCCACGACAAGCGCCAUUAAUUCCAACGGAGAGGAGGAAAAAGUUGUCGGGUACGUUCUUGGAAAAAUGGAAGAUGAUCCAGAAGCAGAGGAUAAAACCCCCCACGGUCAUAUCACUUCUUUAUCAGUUAUGAGGACAUACCGUCGUAUGGGGAUAGCCGAGAAAUUGAUGCGUCAGUCAUUGUACGCAAUGUGUCAACUGUUUGAUGCCAAAUGGAGAGGAUGCAUAUGCAAUGAAAUUAGAGUUGGUGUUGGAAAAGCUAUUGCCAUCAUUGGCACAGAAAGGGAUUGA